AUGCUGUUACUUAAAAUUCUAACUUUGACAUUAAUAGUUUAUCAACCGUUUCUGGUUCUUUCAAAAUCAAUUUUAUCGGAAGCUAUAACGUAUGCUUUGAAUUGUUCUUUUAAUGAAAAGAUUCAUAUAUUGCAUAUUGUUAUCGAGACGGAUUUCAAUGACACAAGGGAAGUCUUCUUCGAUGAAAUUGAUAAUAUUUUGGCGAAAAAUUGGAAUUUUCGACUUCUAAUUGAUGUUAAUAAUUUAGACGGAAAAGUUGUGAGUGAUCAUAAUUUAUGGUUUAUAGAUUCUCACGAAGCAUUUCUACGUUUGUUUCCAUGGAUUGAGGACUAUCAUAGGAACUCACAGCUGUUUUUCUUCAUUGUUCUAAAGAGCUCAAAGCAAGAAGACCAUUUCAAUGUCAUAGAAGAAAUUUUCUCUGAUUUCUUAGAGCUGUCCAUUGCCAAUGUCAAUGUAAUCACAGAAAACACUUCUGUUGGAGAGGUCUCAUUUUACACAUUCUUCCCCUACCAAGAGCUCAACUGUCAAUCAGCAAAGCCCUUCAAAACACAUCGGUUUAAAAUUGAUUCAAUUAAACCUAAUGACUGUCAAUUUUUCGCUUUCAAAGCUGACAACUUGCAUGGAUGCCCGCUUAGGAUACGAACCAGAAAUGAAUUGAUCCUCAUUUUAGGUGGCUAUGAGCUAAGCUAUCAAGUGGUUAACUAUGCGAUGUCUGUUCUAGAACUCGUUUUGGUCAAGGAAUUUGCUAUUCGAAUGAACUUUAGUUUUGAAAUUCUCAACGCCACUAUGAUUCUGAAUAAUACUGAAGUUGUUGCUCCCGAAGCUCAUGAUUUGACGCCAGACCGAAAAACCGAGUUGGUAAUCGGUUUUUUCCAGCUGAAUUAUUUGGAUGAACGUUUCUUUUCAAAGAGUGUGAGCUAUUACUUGUCAUGGCUGGUGAUCAGCCUACAUCCCCAACCGAACAAACUGCACACGAAAGGUUAUUGGCUUUUUGUAGCCUUCAACUACACUACCUGGAUUUGUAUCGUAGCGUUUUUCACCAUUAUUUUUGGAAGUCUUUUUGUGAUUAGCAGAAAUCAACGAUAUCCAAGAGGUCUUGAACUGUUAACAUUUGCUCUGGGAACAUCCAUGGGUCACUUGUCAUCAAGGUGGAAUUCUGUACGUUUUUCUUUCAUAGCUUUGAGUUUGGGUACAAUGGUCCUGAGGGCAGCUUAUCAGGGAAAACUAUUUGACGCAUAUCGUGGACAGAAAAUGUUAGAAACACCUCACAGUAUCAAGGACCUCUUCGCCCAAAACUACACUAUUUGUGCUCAUUCAUACUAUCAUGCAAUCAUAAAUGAAUUGAACGGGUUGGAAUAUCCCAAUUUUCGAACAAUACAAGCAUAUCAUGGAAUUAAUCUUUUCGAUGAUAAGGAAAAGUUGGCAUUGGUAGCGUCAUUUGGAUUUAUUUUUACAUUCAACACCGAAGAAAAUUGUAAAAAACUAUUUUUGGAACCUGUUCUAAUGGAAAUUGUAUGCAUGUUUUUUAAAAAACACUCAAUUAUUCAGCCAAAAAUAGACGAAAUCAUUAUGAAAAUGGAAGAAGCUGGAAUUUUACCGUAUUUGAGAAGGAGUUUUGAAAAUAUUGAUGAUAUUGGGUUUGAUCAAGAUCAAAAAAUGGAAAGUGAGCCAAAAUCUUUGGUUCUGCAACAAUUUGCAUUUACAUUUUGGUUGUGGGUGGGUCUUUGUGGAAUUUCGUUCUUGGUUUUUAUUGGAGAGUUGUUGUGGCAGAGAUUUAAAUGAUUUUUCUUGGAACACUUGAGAAGGGGCAGAAUUUUUCAAUUGAGUCUCUAUGCUUAA